AUGUCGCCUCUCAAACAUCUAGAGAAGGAGAAUCCAAUCAUCGACGCAUGUUUCCGAGAUUUCUGCUUCUCUCAUGGAAUUCUUACAGUUGAAGAUUUCCUUCUUCAUGAUCUCUAUGAACUUGCUGCAUUUGCUGAACGACAGAAAAAUGCAGCUAGAUUGAAAGAGGGUAUCACUCUCAUGAUUUCUUUGAUAGAACUUCAGUGUCGACCAUUGUUGAACGGUAUGGAACUGUUGGAGGAUCUUCAACGUAAUAAGCAUACUCUAUCGACUGGAGACAAAGGGACGGACUCAUUGCUUCAAGGUGGAUUCCGUGAGGGUCAGCUGACAGAACUCGUUGGACCAUCAUCUUCUGGUAAAACACAAUUUUGCAUGCAAGCUUCUGCAAGUGUGGCAGAGAAUCAUGUUGGCGGAGUCUUGUAUAUAGACACAGGGAACUCUUUUUCUGCCAGACGCAUUGCUCAAUUUAUCUGCUCGAGUUUGGAUGCUGCUUUAGUACAGAAAGUCAUGAGCAGAAUAUCAUGUCACACGGUCUAUGACAUCUAUACAAUGUUUGAUACGCUGCAAAGCCUAGAGGUUACAUUGAGGUCGCAGAUGAAUGUGGAUGAGUACCGGUUACGAUUGUUAGUUGUUGAUUCAAUCUCUUCUUUGAUUACCCCGAUCCUUGGAGGCAGUGGCUCACAGGGACGCGCUCUGAUGGUGGCAGUUGGAUAUUUGCUUAAGAAGCUGGCACAUGAACAUAACAUCGCUGUACUGGUGACGAACCACACGGUGGGUACUGGAGAAGGCGGUAAAACCAAACCAGCUCUUGGGGAAACAUGGAAAAGCAUCCCACACGUGAGACUUAUGCUAUCGCGAGACCACACAAACAGCAGCUGCACCAUCUCCAUCUUAAAACACACAUCCAUGCCUUCAGGCCAGACUGUGAAGACCACGGCUCGCAAGGACAAUCAACAAGGUUUAUAA